AUGGGAGAGCCCGUGGGCGCCCAUGGGAGAGCCUGUGGGCGCGUGAGCUGGCGGCCCUGGGCAGCUCUGCAGCACCGGGCCUUCCUCGUACCCACCCUGCAGGCCCACCCGGAAGCCUGGUCACGCUUCCCUGGGAUGAUCGUUUUUCUAAACACAGAGGCAGAGAAGAGCCAGACCCGAGUUCAGGCCUCAGCCCAGCCGCGCGCUAGCCACGGGCUCAUUCCUCGGCGCCUGCCUCGGAGGGUAGCUGUGAGGGUCACCGAUGAGGCGUCCAGAGCACUGUGCUCAAAGCCUGGAGCAAGGAGCACGCUCGGCACCAAGUCGUCUGGUUUAGGGGCCUGUGAGUGGCUUCUUGUCCUCGCGUCCCUGCUCUUCAUCAUCGUGACCUUCCCUUUUUCUGUUUGGUUCUGCAUAAAGAUUGUACAGGAACAUGAGAGAGUAAUUAUAUUCCGACUGGGACAUCUGCUUCCAGGAAGAGCAAAAGGCCCAGGGCUUUUCUUCUUUUUGCCCUGCCUGGAUACCUACCACAAGGUUGACCUUCGUCUCCAAACCUUGGAGGUACCCUUUCAUGAGGUUGUGACCAAAGACAUGUUUAUAAUGGAGAUAGAUGCCAUCUGCUACUACCGAAUAGAAAAUGCCUCUCUUCUCCUAAGAAGUCUUGCUCAUGUGUCCAAAGCUGUCCAGUUCCUCGUGCAAACCACCAUGAAGCGUCUGCUAGCACAUCGAUCCUUCACUGAAAUUCUUCUGGAGAGGAAGAACAUUGCCCAAGAUGUAAAGGUCGCCUUGGAUUCAGUGACCUGUAUUUGGGGAAUCAAAGUGGAGAGAACAGAAAUUAAGGAUGUGAGGCUGCCGGCCGGGCUUCAGCACUCCCUGGCUGUGGAAGCCGAAGCGCAGAGACAGGCCAGAGUGCGGAUGAUCGCUGCGGAAGGGGAGAAGGCCGCCUCCGAGUCCCUGAGGGUGGCAGCUGAGAUUCUCUCGGGCACUCCAGCUGCUGUCCAGCUUCGGUACCUCCACGCUCUUCAGUCCCUGUCCACAGAGAAACCUUCCACCGUGGUUAUACCUUUGCCAUUCGACAUGAUAAAUUUCCUGUCUUCUCCCAGCAAUAGGUCUCAAGGGAGCAUCCCCUUCCCAAAUCCUUCCAAACUCGUUGAACCACUGAAUCCUAAAAAGAAAGACUCUCCCAUGUUAUAGGAGGAGCGAAGGGUAGUAUGACCAUGUAGGGGAGUGCUCAUGUCCCGCCCUUCCUUUGGUUGCCAGGGAGAAUGCCCUUGAAAUGUGUGAAGUUACAAUGCAGCGACCUACAUGAGAAGACAGUGAAUCGUGUAAUGACGGAGAAGCCAUCAUCCAGUCGGAGUAAUUACGCGAAAGAGCUUUAGCCAACAUUCUACUUUGGAAAGAAUUUCGAGUCAAUAUAUGGCUAAACUUAGAAGAUGUGGUUCAAAUGUCCUUUUAGCUGUAGGCCCUCCGGCCCCUUUGGCGAGGUCUUUGCUGCUCCAGGGCCCUUUCUACAUGCCCCUGUCAUUGUGCUUACCCCACUGUAUUGUAGAGUCCUGUACCUGAGAUGCAGGCUUCUCUCCAGCUACACUAUGAACUCCUCAAAGGUGCAUCUGAGUCAUUUUCCCCUGGCCACACUCAGCCUUGCACACUCCACCCCCCAUAGUCCUUACUCCUAACCCCGAUACCUGCACCACAGUGACACUUAAAUGUCCCCGAGUGAAUGAAAGUAAAAGAGAUUUACUUGGUCUGAAUAUACAUAAAGAAUUUAAAAGGAAUUCUUUUUAUGGACACUCCUUUUUUAAAUAGAGAAAUAAAAGGACAAAAACAUUUAUCUGA